AUGCAAUAAACAUAAUAAAGAAAUAAUUUUGCUAAUGUUAAUCAUACUGAACCUAAAUUUGGUCGAUUGGCAUGUGUAGAAUGUAUUCAAGAAAAUCCUUUUCAAUAUAUUAGUUUAAAAGAAGCAAAUAAUAUGUGGAAUACUUUUAUAGGAUAAUCAGAAGAUUUAAUUUCAAAACAUAAUUUCAGAAGAGAAAAAACAUUUAAAAUGGUUAUAGAAGAAAUUAAAUAACUAAAAGAUUAUUAUAAUAAUUCAUUAUCAGAAAUGUUGUCGUCAAUAGAUGAAUAGCUAAUUAAAAAUAAUAAAGAGUUUUUAGACUUCCUUAAAUUAGAAAAUAAAUACAUUUUUAUUUAGAUGAAAAAUAAAUUGAGAAAAUGA